CUCCAGGAGCACCGUGCCCAGGGAACACCAUAAGAACAAAGUUACUGUGCGAGCUACUUAUUAUUAUAAUAAUUAAUUAAGACCAGUAACAUGUGCAUGCGUUAAUAAAGAGUGCUGUGUAAAUGCGGAUGUAUGCAGCCCCCCUGCUUCCAAUUGUUCGCAUGUUUCUCGUAGCUCUGAUCAGGAACUCCCUGAGCCCCGGUGCAGCAGCAGGCCCGGGGCUGCCAUCCUGCCUCUAAGCUAUAGCUGCUAUGUGCGAACAGGCAGCGCCUCAGCCACACACACAUGUAUACUCUCCCUGUGCUAGCCUUGACUGACAGCUUCAGCAGAGGGCUGCUGACGUCAGAGCUGGCUCCGGUUGUCAAGGGCAACCUAUUUGGCAAGCGAGCUGUGAAAAAAAGACAGGGAAUAAAGGGCCCGCCCAGGAGGCCUCCUGCUGCUCUGACGUCAAUGGACGUUAACUGUGAGAACAUGAUGCCUUGUGCAUAGAGCGGUACAUUGGCUUCCUGCUGCACAGCUGCCUCCACUCCCUGUGUCUGGUCGCACGCGUGCUACAGCGACUAACAAUACCUCUGUGCAAGUGAAUGGGAGCUGCACAAUGCUCGUUACUUUGCAACACUUUAGCCGUAAAUCUGCCUGCAACGACUUGAUGAGCUGACUUUAUCGGACCUGUGAAAACUCAGCCCGAUUGGUUGCGUUUUGUUUGCAUGUUAAUGUCAGACGUUCCCACCUUGCAUGGAUGUGUGAGAGCUCAUUCGGGUAUAACCGUGCUGAACACAUGGCAGGAGCUGGACAAUGCAAGCAGUAACGCGUUCCAUUUGGGAAUUCUUCGCCACCAUCAACUUUACAGAAAAGUCUUGCGAUUGUAUGUAAUGUGCGGGCGCUAGAAGCUGAAUGUAGUUUGCGUUGGGUUGCACUUGCCUAUAAGGAAUGGCUAAGGUGAGCCCCCUGUGAGCGCCUGUAGGAUCUGCCUGCGAUUCCUUUCACUGCGACUUGUUGGGGGGUGUGAGCACUAAUCGUGCCGGUUGAUGUCUGUUUCCCGUUGGAGCUUCCUGGCCCGGCUCCCAGCAUGGUCAUGGCGGACUGUCAGAAGCCUGUACAGAGGGGUCCUGUCCGGGUCGGAUUUUAUGACAUAGAACGCACUUUAGGGAAAGGGAAUUUCGCGGUGGUGAAGCUGGCGAGGCACCGGAUCACCAAAACCGAGGUUGCAAUAAAGAUCAUUGACAAGUCUCAGCUGGACUCUGUGAAUUUGGAGAAGAUCUAUAGAGAGGUGCAGAUAAUGAAGAUGCUGGAUCAUCCCCACAUUAUCAAGCUUUACCAGGUCAUGGAAACCAAAAACAUGCUGUAUCUUGUGACAGAAUAUGCCAAAAAUGGAGAGAUUUUUGAUUACUUGGCUAAUCACGGGCGUCUCAAUGAGCCAGAGGCUAGGCGGAAAUUCUGGCAGAUCCUCUCUGCAGUUGAAUACUGCCACGGCCGAAACAUAGUGCACAGAGAUUUAAAAGCUGAAAAUCUGCUGCUGGACAACCACAUGAACAUUAAAAUUGCAGAUUUUGGGUUUGGCAACUUUUACAAGAAUGGAGAACCUCUGGCCACGUGGUGCGGAAGUCCACCUUAUGCAGCCCCAGAAGUUUUUGAGGGUCAGCAGUAUGAAGGACCACAGCUGGAUAUAUGGAGCAUGGGAGUAGUACUGUAUGUCUUGGUGUGUGGUGCAUUACCUUUUGACGGACCUACGCUGCCUAUCUUGAGACAGCGAGUUCUAGAAGGGAGAUUCCGGAUUCCUUAUUUUAUGUCUGAAGAAUGUGAACACUUAAUACGAAGGAUGCUUGUGCUGGAGCCUUCAAAACGUCUCUCUAUUGCACAAAUAAAAGAGCAUAAAUGGAUGAUGGCUGAAGUCCCUGUGCACAGGCCAGUUCUCUACUCACAGACCCAGGAUAAAGCGGCUUCGAUUGGUGAAUACAAUGAACAGGUUUUGCGACUCAUGCACAGCCUGGGGAUCGACCAGCAGAAGACUAUCGAGUCACUGCAGAACCGUAGCUACAACCACUUUGCUGCUAUAUAUUACCUGUUAGUGGAAAGGCUAAAAUCUCACCGCAGCAGCUUCCCUGUGGAGUCCAGAAUUGACGCACGGCAACGUCGGCCAAGCACAGUCGCUGAGCAGACAGUCACCAAGGCCAGCACUAUCGUCCCUCCCGUGAAUCUGCUACCCCAGAAUAUGAGGUUACUGAGGGCUCCGAUUCUCCCAGAAGCCUCCCCUGCAGAAACAUUCUCCUAUCCUCAGAUCAGCAGCCAGGCUGAGUCCACAUUCCUAGAGGAGGAAAGUGUAAACACACCCCCAGUUAAUGGCUGCCUUUUGGACCCAUUGCCUCCGGUUACAAUAAGGAAAGGAUGCCAAUCAUUGCCCUGCAACAUGAUGGAGACAUCUAUCGAUGAAGGCAUUGAGACAGAGGAUGACACUGAGGAGGACCCAGCUCAAGCAUUUGCAGCUUGUCAGGGCAGGCGUAGUGGACAGAGGCGACAUACUCUUUCUGAAGUGACCAAUCAAAUGGUUAUGCUACCAAGUGGUGGACCAGACAUGGAAGGCAAACUGUUCACCAUUGGUAACAACCCAUCUCUGGGAAGUGUUGAUUCUGAAUAUGACAUGGGAUCUAUUCAGAGUGAUCUCAGUUUCCAAGAUGAUGGGACCAUGAAUGAAGUUGUUAUGGCAAAUCAGUCAGUCACCAGGCUAACACCACCAUUCAUAGGACUGCGACCAACAAAUUUAGCUAUGCCCACACUUCCCUCCCAAAAACGGGAGGCUCAUAACAGAUCUCCAGUCAGUUUCCGAGAAGGCAGACGGGCAUCAGAUACCUCUUUAACACAAGGUAUUGUGGCCUUUCGUCAGCAUCUGCAGAACCUGGCCAGGACAAAGGGCAUUCUAGAGCUCAACAAGAUUCAGAUGUUUUAUGAACAGAUGGGACCUGAUGAGGAGCAAAAUGUCACUAGCGUUCCAAACCAACUCCAGGACCACAACCAUCACCCGCUGGAUAUGUCUGCGCAACUUUCAAAUGUAUCCACGUUCCCCAAUGGCAUACACCCACAUUUACUCUCUAGACGCCAGAGUUUGGAGACACAGUAUUUACAGCACAGGUUACAGAAAGCAAAUUUGCUGGCCAAAGCCCAGAACAGCUGCCAGUUGUAUUGUAAAGAAACACCAAGGAGCCUGGAACAGCAGUUACAAGAACACAGACUGCAUCAGAAGCGUCUUUUCCUUCAGAAGCAACCACAACUGCAGGCUUAUUUCAAACAGAUGCAGAUAGCUGAAACCUCUUAUCCCAUGCAGACACAGCAGCUGCCCUUGUCUCAUCAGGAAACCGUGCAGCCCGCGCAAUUUGGCUUGUCACAGCCACUUAGCCCUGUUAUGGAGCCUGCUUCUGAUGAAAUGCAAUAUGACCCCUUCUUAAGCCAGUAUCACAAGUUACAUUCCCAGCAGAUGCAGAACCUGGUGCAACCUAGCCAGCCACAGAUACCUGUGCAGCAACCACCUUUGCAGUAUGCUUAUCAGACCUGUGAAAUAUCAGGAGUGCCAUCCCAUGAGCCUGAAUACACAAACCAGUGUCAGUAUUCUAUGAACUCAACGCAACAAGGUGUUAUGACUUUGCCUGAAAACCAGAGUCAUCUAGCAGGGCAUGACCCACAGUCAUCAUAUGAAACAUUGGCUCUCAGUGAGCCAUGUGACUGUGAGAUGAUGGAGACUGUUGACUCGCACAGCGGAUAUGUCUUGGUCAAUUAGACAUUGCAUGGACUACUGUGUCUGUGAUUAUGCUUCAGGGCAAGGCUGAAGAAAUGAAGGAAGAAAGUGUGAAUUUUUAAAAGCUUUUUAUUCUUGUUGUCCCAAAUAAGAAAAAAAAAUUCAUUGCUUAUUCUCCUACCCUUGGCCUCAUUCCAGCACUAAAGGCUGGUUUGCUGAGAUUCCAGAUUUAAUGUCCUGUGUCCUAGAAACCUGAGGUCCUGUAGAGGAGAAAUUACAGGAAUAUAUCAUACCGACCUCCUACAGCACAAUAAGACACUGGACUUUAUAGAUGACUCCAGAUCCAAAGUUGUGGAGUUCAUAUUUUAUUGAGCAAUAUUCAUUUAUGGGAGGGGGCUGUUCUUUGUAAUGUAAUCAUUAUUUUAAGAAAAAAAACAAAAAACAUUUCACCAACAUUGCAGAGAAUCUGACUGUAUUUUAAGUUACUGACUUUGGCAACAAGCACCUUGCAGUACAACAAGGAGAAGCUGGGAAGCCAAACCAGCAGCCUGAUUUCUACACUAAUAUUGUUUGGAGAGACAGACUGGUAUAAGCCUCGGGAAUAGUUGGGGCUUGAAUGUGAAUGUGCAGAAUAACAUUUACAGUACUGUUUUUGAAAUUAGCUUAAGCUCUUGGAAAAACCUAUGAUAAUAACAGGAGUGUUUGGACUUGAGAACCAAGGCAAGACAUACAAUGUUCCUCAUUGUAGUGCCUCAAACGCGCUUUUUGGAGACACACAGCAGCCUUUGGAGACAAGAGACCAUUGUUACAAGGCGUGUCACUUUUUAAGAAUACAAUGAAGAAAUAAUAAUUCAGACUAUGUUUUGAAGUCACUGUAAUACUGUAUGUUGCUGUUUGUUGAAGAAGCUUUGUACAUUUGGUUAACUAUCUAGAUUUUAGAAUCAGGAAAUCACAAAAUGAGCUACAAAAAUAAUGUGUGAAGUGUGGUAGUUAUGUGCCUUUUUCGGGUUCUUUUUCAUACUAGAUUCUACUUCUUUUUUUUUUUUUUUUUUGUUUUUUUUUUUCAGAUGGAAAAAAAAAUACCAUACCCCAUUUAUAUCAAUGCUACAUCCAAAGUCAGUUCAGAGUCUGUGUGUAUGUAUGUUUGUUCCACUGUGUGGAAUGCUAAAUUGUUUAAUGAAUUCUAUGUCUUGAUUGCUCAUGUGUAGAGAAAAUGUUUCAAAAAGUAUUAUAGCAAUAUUUAAUUCUAUUUAAUGUCAUGAACUGUUGAUAUAUUAACCAUGGAAAUGGAUGUUCACACAAAGCUAAAGUGAGGGAAUAGUGCAUAAAUGCAAAUCAUGUGUAUAGCGUUCUAAUCAGAAGAGGUUACCUUAGCUGAGUUUGUAACUUAGAUACAGCAGUGUGUCCUCAUUCACAAUAUACGUUGCACUUUCUGUAAAUUCAAGAUUUAAAAUAGCCAUAUUGUAAUAGAACAUCCCAUUAGAUAAGAUGCAUUAUAGCAGAAGAGAAGCUAGUAGUGUUAAUUUAAUUUUUUUGUUGCAUUAUAAUAGAAGGACUAAGCAGGCAUCUCUUAAUUCUGACCCAGGACGUCCCAGUACACUACAUCAUUGAUCUGCUCUGGCAUUACUGCCUGACAUUCACAUCCUACAUGUCAGCCCUAUUUUGGCAAAGUUAAAGGGCCACAAUCUAUAACAUAAUGUUUCGUUUUCCUUAUAGAUUUUUCCAACAGAAAUAUGAAGAGCUGAAUGUAUAUUUAUUUUCUAGUUGUCCCAUUUCUAUAAAGGCUUUACUGGUUUAGGUUGCAGCCAGUGUCUCACUGUCAGGCUCGCCAUAAGGUUCCUCAUCAUAUUCCUAAGGCCUUCUUUUGUAUACAAACCCUUACAAAACCGUAGGAGGGGUCAUGGCCUAACAUGGCAUGAAGUUAUAGAAAGCAGGGGACAUAACUGGCACUCUUUAAAGCAGUAGUAGUACUAAGUAAUGUUUUUAUAUACUGUACAGAGAGAUGCCAGAAGAGUAUUCCCCUGUAUUAAGCACAAUCAUCCUGAAUAUUGUUGGGGUCUAGUGGUCUUUUUAGUUUUCAGUUAUAAAAAUUACCAACCAUCUUACUUUAUUUAACAGAGACUAUUGUUUGUUUAUGGUACUCUAUAAACUCUCAUUCUACUCAACUAGAAUCUUGCCUCUCCGUCUCAGUGUUCCUCCUCACUGGUCUCUAUUUAUAAAUUGCUUCCAUGACAUGUGGUCUGUCAGUUGCUUUCAUGGCUCCAAUAAUAUUUCUGAUUAAGACAAUAUGCAUAGCCCUAGACCUGUGCUUUGACAAGAAAUGGGAAGCAAUUCUGCUACAGUUAUGUAGGAAAUAAAUGAGUUUUGUUAAAGUGAGUGCCCAUUACAUACAUUGUAUAAUUUAUCAUUACUUGACUGUCCCUACACUGAGAAUUCCCACCCACAAGCAAUACAAAUGAAUCAUUUGGUUUUACAUUACAAACCUCAUUUUGCAGUAUAUUCUUAACCAGGCAAUGUUGUUGUAGGGCUAUAAUAAUGAUUAUCAUUGCUCUAAAAUGACAGAUACGCCAGCAUUUUAUUGUUCUUAUUUUAACACUUAAAAUAUUGUCAAUAAAAGCUGCCCUUUUCAUUCCAUUCCCAUUAUGACUCUCGUCUUGCGUUAAGCUGGCCAUACACAUAAAUAUCCAAACAAGUGGAUAUUUGCCUAAUUUGGUCAACUGUGUGCAGCUUGGGGAUCAUAACAGAGCAGUAUACAUGCCGUUGGGAAAGGACUGCAUUAAAGCACAGAUGCAACAGAUCCAACAGGAUUUUCAAACUUGCCCGAUAGAGAUGUAUCUGCAGUUAUUUUUGAAAUAUAUUGUAGAUUUCCAGCAUCUGUCGAGAAGGACUAUAUGUGGGCAGAGAAGCUGACUGCUCAGUCUAAAGGGGCCAAAUUGGCAGCUUCAAUCUGAGUGCUGUUAAGUUUGCUCUGUAAUACUGUUUAGAAUCAUCCUGUAACCGCAGUUUUGCAGGUCCAUUUUAGAAGUUUUAGUAGAGUUUUGGUAAGGUGGGGGAAGGUGCUCUUAUUUUUGUUUUCUAUGCUGCUAAAAUAAUUUAGGGGCAAUUUUCUUUAAUUGCCCACCCCCCUGUGACAGACAUAUAGGAAGUCUGACCUCUUCUAAUAUAGACUUUGCAGCAUGUUGUACAUGGAACCUGUGAUUGUUUUAAUCUGGGUAACUUAAAAUGAUGGUCAUGAAUAAUGAUAGCAUCCCUUUGAAAGUCAUAUGUCCUGUACUUUUAUAAAAUAGUUUGCUUUAGAAAUUUAGAGUUCCAGAAAUAUAGUCUUUCAUCCACAUCAUACAGAAUUGUCUGUUCAAUAGCAGCAUUUCUUUUGUAAAGGCAGUGGGAAUUCUGUAUUAAUAUAGCAGAGAACAAAUUCAGAUUAUUAAGCACUAACAUACAUAGGGAUACCAAAUCCGUAUUCUUUUUUUGUUUGUCUGAUUUUUUUCAUUAAAAUAUACUCUAAACAGCAAAUGCUAAUCAUAACACAACAGGUUAUUUUAAAAAUCUUUUGAAAAGAUACAUUGAAUUGCAGUGGUAUACAUUUCCUGGUGCUCUUUUACCAAGUUGUGCAGCACUAAAAUCAAAAGCACCCUAUAUCUGGACUCAUUAUCUCAGGUCACGAAAAUAGGGUUGAUAAAAAUGAUGCAUGGUUAUUUGGUUUCAUUGGUGCUGCAUUCCUAAAAAAAAGUAUUGUGCAUUGGCACGCUGUAGCACAAAUUGAUGUAGGACCAAAGGUACCAUUAGAAGUGACACUGGCUUUCAUGCAGUGCUAAAUUGGAUUUAAGGGGAUACAUACUUUUGCUUUUUUUGAUGAAAUCACAAAGAGGUGAAUGUAUUUAUUUUUAAUGUUUGCUUCCUAUAUUUAUAUGUUAUUAACUAACAUGAGAUAACGUGGCUAUGAUGUCACUGUUUUCACAGCUCUCCUGCUGUGUUAUAAUCCCCUUAGGGUGAAGACACACGGAGCUACUAGUAGCAGCUACUUGUCAUGGCUACUAAAAUAGACAAUGCUGAAUUUUUACUGAUAAUUGUAUCUAUGUGUGUUUAGCAGAGGCAAUUCUCCGUAUUGUCUAAGGCAGGGUAUUUCCUGGCGUUUAGUAGCCAUGACAAGUAGCUGCUACUAAGUAGCUCUGUUUGACCUCAACCUUAUAAGGCACUAACAAGGGAUGCUGCCUCACAGACCAGGGCCAUACAUAUGAAGUAGGCAGCCAGAAACAUUCAUAAAUUAUUUGCCACAAUUAUGACUAGCAGAAAUAACUUGCCAAGUGAAAUUUAGGAGGAAACUUUAAAGGUAUAAUGACUCUUUAAACCGGGAAAUCACCCUUUGUUUUUUGAGGGAAAUUGAUGUUUUAUUUGGCCAAGAAAAUGCAGGAGUGUGUACUACCACCUGGCAGGCAGCAGGAUUAAAGAACUGACUUACUCCUAGUUUUCUGCAUUACUACUUAUUUAAUGCUCUUUAUAGCCCUACAUAAGGUCUCAUUAAUAGCAGAACUUUAGCCCACUGACCGAUAUUGGUGUACUUCCAGUUAGCAUUGGACAUGAUCAAGGCUGUUUUAAGUAGCGUGCUAUUCCAAAAUGCAGUUUUAGCUACAAUUUUUACUACACAACACAUAAGGAACAAAAAAAAUAAUUUAUUAAAUAUCUGCUUGUUUCUUUUAUUUUUUUUUUACUGAUUUACAAUAUAUGCUAUUCAAAUGCAUAUAUAUCAAUCCAGUUGCUUCUUUAUGCAGAUAUAUAUAUAUAUAUAUAUAUAUAUAUAUAUAUAUAUAUAUAUAUAAUCUCUCUCUUCUUUUAAUAUGUAUUGUAUAUUUAGGAGUGGGAGGUGCAAUACUGCUUACUUUAGCAGAGAUAUUAUCUAUAGGCUGCAACAAAACAGCAGCCCCUGUGGCCAGAAAUCGACUGAUGGAAGCGUGAAUACCUGUGAUAAUGCAAGCAAUGUGCAAAACCCGCUCACAUAUAGAUGUAUAUAUUAAAAGGACUACUCUGUACACACAAAGAAAAAAAAUAAUGUAUGUAAAAAAUUUCUUUUUACCCCCCCCCCCCACCACCUUUUAAUCUACAUUAAAGUGCCCCCAGAUAAGCCAUGUGUGGAACAGACCAUCAUGCCCAGCAUGUAUAUCAGACAUGUGAGAUUGUUGAACCAGAGUUCACAGGGUGGGAAGGCAACUUGAAUUUUCUUUAAAAAAAAAAAUAUACAUUCUUUUUUUUUGAGGUUUUUUUUUUUGAGUUUUUUUUACAUAAAAUAAGUCUAGCAAUAAAGCUAACCAUUCUUAUGGGGGAUUUUUGUCCCUUCAAAGAAAUCAUCCUACAGGUUCACAGUAUAGGAAAGCCUAUUUAUGCUAAUGAUGUUUAAUGCAAUAAAUGAUAUGUAACUACCUGCAGCUGAGAUGGAGCUCAUAAGAGUAUUUAGAAUAAUACUUGGAAAGGUUCUGUUUAUUUUAUGUAUAGGUUGUACUGGAUUUUAUUAUAAAACAUCCUUAUUAGUCUGCUGAUUGUUUUGCGCUCCACGCACAAGGGACAUUGUCAAUUACAGUUUGUCUACGUAAUUGAAGAAGAAGUGGAUAAUGUGGUUUGCAUUUAAUAAAGGUGUUUCAGUA